GCAUACAAUGAUAUAAUGCAUGAUUGAGAACUAUCAAACAUGGCUGUACACUCAGCAUAAUUUUGAGACGGAAACAGGCGACAUUUUGAAGUGUUUUGGUGGUGAACUACAUGUCACCGCGGAAUAAUCGAAGGGGCGUUCUGUGUAUUUUCCUUUUGGAGAAAGUGCAACGAGUUUUGGAAAUAGAGGAGGUUGUGCUUGAUUGAACCGCGGCGAAGGGGGUCCUAUGGGACAGCAUCACUUCUGAAACUUCUUUCACUAUAGUACCUGGUUCUAAAAGGACCGGUUUCGGUUCAGUCCGAACUCGAACUAGUUGGUUUGUAAGCGUCCUUUGAGUGUUUGGUGUGAGCGCGCUUUUGUUACGAUUUCCCGAACACACACACAAGCGGUCAUCGGGUAUCGGAGAAGACACCGUUGUCAUUUGUGAAUAUAAUGUUACCUAGCCAGGCUGGGUCAGCACCAACUGGAAACGGGUCAGCGUCCGGCACUGGUAACAUAGGUCACGGAUCGGGGAUUGCAGGCACCGGGAUUCGGCCCAGUCUGGUUAGCUCGGGGUUAAACGAAGUAGCCACUGGGUUCAGCGGUAGCCACGCCGGUGGGGCUGGUCGGUCGGGGGACGGGUCAGGGAUGUUGGGGGGAAACGGAGCAGGGGUAGGUUCCAGGGGGGUGAUGAGACCAGGCAACGGAGCAGGAUUGACCACUCUGCAGAACACGGCGGGCGUUGUGGGCGGAAUUAACACGGGAAUUGGUACCCACGGCGGAGGCAGGUUUGACCCGGACAGACAGAGCGCUCCCCAGGUGUACAGUUGUUCCGAAGCCGAUUCUGACUCGGGGGAUGACGACGACCCCAUGGGUUCAGCUGGGGACAGCAGAAGAGGAGUGAAGCGGGAGAGGCCAGAGAUGGAGGCUGCAACUGCGGGGCCGGAGGUCGGUAUUCCGCCUGGAGGUUACGGCGGGGUCGCUGGAGGAGUCGCUGGUGCAAAGCCGGGGAAGAAGACCCGGGGACGAGUUAAGAUUAAGAUGGAGUUUAUCGAUAAUAAACUGAGGCGAUACACAACUUUCAGCAAAAGAAAGACUGGCAUUAUGAAAAAGGCCUACGAGCUCUCCACGCUGACGGGCACGCAGGUGCUGCUGCUGGUGGCCAGCGAGACGGGGCACGUGUACACCUUCGCCACGCGCAAGCUGCAGCCCAUGAUCACCAGCGAGACGGGCAAGGCCCUGAUCCAGACCUGCCUGAACUCGCCCGACUCGCCGCCGCGCUCCGACCCCUCCACCGACCAGCGCAUGAGCGCCACCGGCUUCGAGGAGACCGACCUCACCUACCAGGUGUCCGAGUCCGACAGCUGCGGGGAGGCCAAGGACAUGCUCAAACCCACGUUCACGGUGACCAGCCUCCCGGGCGGGGGCGGCGGCGGGCCCCAGCACACGGCCGCCACCACGUCCGGGCUGCAGGUGAACAGCAGCCCGUCGUUUCCCAUCACCACCUGCUGGCCCGUGUCGGCGUGCGCCAGCACCAGCAGCGUGGCCAGCACCAACGGCACCGUGCUCAAGACCACGGGCUCCGCCAACGUCAUGCAGCUGCCCGGCGGCUUCACCUUCAUGUCAGGCGGUGCCCUACCCCCCGGCACGCCUGCCAUUCCGCUCAGCCAGCUGCAACAGCACCCCCUGCAGGCUCAGACGCUCACUGCUGCCGUCACUGCUGCUCAAAACCAGCAGGUCUUCCGCUUCCCUGCCGGCCUUUCUCUCACAGGUGGAGGUAUGGCCCAGCAGCUCCAGGCUAUCCAGGUCCACCCCACCACCCAGCAGAGCUCUGUCAGCACCAGUGACAGCAGCCCAGAGAUCUCCCAGCCCUCCAGCAGCUCCACAGUGAGUGUUCCCGCCACCAUCGUCACCUCCUCGGUGCCUACCUCCAUGGCGGGUCACAUGAUGUACCCCAGCCCGCACGCCGUAAUGUACGCCUCCGCGCCCACGCUGUCGGACGGCAGCCUGGCCGUGCUCAACGCCUUCUCCCAAGGGCCCUCCCACCAGCAGGGCCAGGACACGGGUGCAGUGCCUCAGGUGUUCCUGGCCGCUGGCCCCCCAGGGACGGUGCAGAUCCCGGUGUCUGCAGUGCAGUUGCAUUCUAUGGUGAUUGGCCAGCAGUCCGGCGGCAGCAGCAGUAACCUGACGGAGCUGCAGGUGGUCAACCUCGACGCUCCGCACAACGCCAAGAACGAGUGAAGGACGGACGGACGGACGGACGGACGGACGCGCCCACGUGCACAGGCGGUCGCCAGGGAAACGCAGACACCACGCAGAGAGCCGACUGCCACCACUAUUUAUUGAUGCCUUCUCAUGGGUUUUAUAUGUCCCAGAACACAGAAAGAACGAUGGAAGUGACGGAAAGAGAUGAGGGCGUCUCCUCUCUACGCUCUUUGGAUCAGAACUUGUGCGGCUGAGAACCUUUUGUUCCUGUUUCGGUUUUUGUCGAAUUCCCCCCCCCCCCCCCCCCCCCAGUUUUAAUAGCAACUUUGCUUGCAAUAUGCAUACACUGCAGGUGGCCUGGAUCCAUAAUUCUGCCAAAGAGACGUGCGUGUGCGUGAGUGUGUACGCGUGUGAGCGUGUGUGCUUGCGCGUGCGUGUGUGUGCGAGCGUGUGUACGCGUGAACGUGUGUGUGUGUGUGAGCGUGUGUGGGUGCGCACGUGUUAAUGCGGUUUGAUAGAGGACGGAUGGGAAACAAGAUGUGGAAAUAUGUAUAUAUUUUUUUUUCUUUUUCUAUUGAUAUAUUCAUAUUUUAAGCCUGUUUGUGCAACUGUAUGUGAGGUUUUUUUUUUUUUUUUAAAAGCCUUUGUUUUGUACGCGUGUAAGUGAGCACAGAAAUGGAUAAUAUAGGCAUUAUGUAUACAAAGCGAUGUUAAAACACUCGUGUGAGGUGUUCGUGUGUGUUCAUUAGUGUGGAGUAGGAAUCCGGAAGGUUCUCCUCGGAUGAGAAGCCCAAGUUCUCAUGGAAUAUCGUGCCAAAAUACUGCUCGUCAGGAACACAGCCUGGGGUGGGGGGGGGGUGGAAUUUGGUUGAGGUGCGGUUAGCGCGCCGAGGGAACCCGGUCUCCUCCUCUCCCUCGUCUUCAUCAUCACGGCCUCUCCCUGCACUGCCUGGCCUUCACGCCUCUGGCCUCCACGAGCACCGGCGUCCUGCACACGCUGCCCUUUGACCCCCUGUGAGCUGGGACGUGUUUGAGUUCUUUCAGGACUCCUGGCUCGGCGAAGGCCCCGUUCUCCAGCCUGUCGGAAGCACCCCCAGCAGUAAUGUGCCUGUGUGUACAGU